UCUAAAAAUGAAUUUUAAAAGUUCUAUCUAGAUCUAGAUCUAGAUUCUACUUCUAGAUUAGAUUCCAAAUCAGUGUAAAGUAUUUUAGAUUUUACUACUGGAUUUACCCGGUAAUCUCACGAUAUAGCGUCGGAAAUUAUCUGACUCCUAUCUAGCUAUCUACUAUUACUUAAUACUAUGAACCUUCAACCCCUGACGACCUGCCCAAAGCACAACUGUUUGAACACACAGUACAGAUAGUUUUGUCAGAAUAAUAAGGCUAAAAAGAAAAUUUGAUCCCAUUGCACAGCCAUUAAAGGAUAAUUUGAGCCCAUUGUGCAGCUAUUAAUAGUAUUUAAUUUGAGUCAAUUGCACAUCUAUUAAGACUAGAAAAUGGAUUCUGGCCACUCAAUUAUCAUCAAGCGUGUACUCUCAGCACUUUUUUAUGGAGUAUCAUCUAUGCUUAUAGUAAUUGUGAACAAACUUGUUUUAACAUCUUAUGGUUUUCCCUCAUUUCAAGUGCUAGGAUUAGGGCAGAUAAUCUCAGGAAUCUGUGUUUUACAUGCUGCCAAAGUAUUCAGACUGGUUAAUUUUCCUGACUUGUCCAUGGACACUAUAGGAAAGGUUUGGCCACUACCUGUUAUAUACUUAGCAAACUUAAUUUUUGGGCUUGGAGGGACAAAAAAACUAAGCCUGCCAAUGUUUACAGUCCUGCGUAGAUUCUCUAUUUUAUUUACAAUGAUAGCUGAAUAUUACAUUUUGAAUGUGCGAGCCAGUAGAUUUGUACAGUUUACAGUUUACCUCAUGAUACUUGGUGCAGUGAUAGCAGCAGGAGCUGAUCUCGCCUUUGAUUUGAUGGGAUAUUCAUUUAUUUUAUUAAAUGAUUUGGCAACAGCUGCUAAUGGUGUUUACACUAAGCAGAAAUUGGAUGCUAAGGGUCUUGGCAAAUAUGGGCUGUUGUACUACAACUCUUUAUUUAUGUUCCUGCCAACAUUUAUGUUAUGUAUGUACAGUGGAGAGUUAGUUGAGGCUAUGAUGUUCACAGAGUGGGCAGACCCUGUCUUUUUGCUUUAUUUUGCACUGUCAUGUUUGAUGGGCUUUGUGUUGAACUUCUCUGUUAUACUGUGUACAGCUCACAACUCUGCCCUUACCACUACUAUUGUUGGCGUCUUAAAAAAUUUGCUAGUUACCUACCUUGGAAUGUUUCUUGGUGGAGAUUACAUAUUCUCAUUAACAAAUUUUAUUGGAAUCAAUAUUAGUGUCUUGGGCAGCAUCCUGUACACCUAUGUGACAUUCCGUCAUAGACCAGUGCCUCCCACUCCCGAAAUCACGCUCAAAGGAACAGAUCCUGAGAUGAAUAUCCGAAUUUUAUGCAGAGUAGUCAAACAAAAUGAGGUAACCAGGCAAAUAUUUUUUAUUUAAAUUUAAAAACUUUUUUGUUUUUUCUUUUACAAAAUUUAAAAAAUGAGAUGUCUUAAGAAAUCUUAAAUGCAAUACCAAAUUUAUUUUUUUAAUUUCACGCACAUAUAUAUAUGUAUGUAUACAGUGGUACAAUGAGAAUUAAUUCAUUCCUUUUCCAUAAUCUUGCUCAUACUUCAAAUUGCUCAUUAAAGCAAUUUUCUUUAUUUAAAUUAAUUAAUUAUUCAUUAAUCUGUUGGUGCAGAGAUAGGUGGUGAGAGCUUUACUUAGUACACUUAAAUUUUUCUAGUCUAUCAAAGCUAAAAACAACCAUGUUUGUUGGGAUACUCAUGUUGAGGUACCACUGUAAAUACAUACACAUAUAUUAUGUGACAGUUAAGUUUACUCAAAUAGUUGAAUAUUUUAAAAUAUUUUAUUUAUUGUUUUUUCGUUUUAAAGAUAUUUUUAAAGGCAGUUACUAUGAGUAUUUUCAUAAGCAGUUAAAUAUUUAAUAAACCUAAGCUUAAAUUUAAGUUGAAACAGGAUGUAAAAUUUUUUGUUUCUUUGUUAUGGGCCAAUUUAUCCAUCUUGCUUUCAAUUUAACCCUGGUAGUAUCUGGUCUUUUAUUUAGAAAAUUAGUUUAGGCCUAGUACUAGUAAAUAAUUGACUGCCACUGGUAAAGUUUUGUUAACAUUUUUUUUUUAACUCUACAUAUAAAAUGUAAAUAAACAAAUAGGUUACAUUUGACAAAUGUAGUAGGAAAGAAAAAACAUUUCUUACAUUGUAAAAAUAACAAUUUUAAUUAACUCUGGGAAAAAAAAGAGGUGAACAUGUAAUUUAAAACAAAACUGAAGAAAAGCAGGCAGUUGUAAUACCACUCCUAAAAUAGGAUAGUUUUUUUUUUACUACUUAUAGUUGUUGCCAAUCAACUUAACACUUUGUGAUAAACAUGGAACUGUAAUUUUGAAAGAUUUUUUGUAUAUAAUGAUCUAUAACAUAAGAUGGGUAUAAUUAUCAGUUGUGUAUUUUUUGUGAGAAUAUUGACAUUGUGACACAUACUCUGUUGAACAAAUAAACUAGUUCAUAAAUUUGGGAGAUAAAGUCUUUAUCUCACUAGGUUGUGUACCUGCUUUAAUAAUUAUGCUUAGCAUCAUUUAGCACACAACCUUUGAAACUGCAUUGAGACAGGACAUUAA